AUGAACUCCACAACGCCAGACCCCAUCGCCGUAGUCGGGUUCAGCUUCAAGCUACCACAAGGCGUGGACGACGUUGACAACUUCUGGGACGUUCUCAAGACCCGGGCCAAUCUUUCAACCGACUGGCCUGAUGAUCGUAUCAGUGUUGGCGCUGUGAGGUCAAGCCAGUACAACAAGGUCCAAUGUCGAGGAGGUCACUUCAUCACCGAAGACCCGGCCGUCUUCGAUGCCCCAUUUUUCUCCGUCACGGCCAAAGAGGCGGCGUCCAUGGACCCACUCCAGAGAUGGACCCUUGAGGCUUCAUAUCGGGCUUUUGAAAAUGCCGGAAUCCCGAUCGAGGACCUGAAGCAGUCCAACACGGCAGUGUACUCGGCCUCCAUGUCGGACGACUACAGCCGUAUGGCGUCCAUGGACCCAGAGGACCACCACCAGAUGGCCACAACAGGGACCUUUGCGUCCAUCAUCCCCAACCGAGUGAGCUGGUACUUUGACUUGCGCGGGCCCAGCAUCCAUGUCGAUUCCGCCUGCUCCAGCAGUCUCUGCGCCGUCGACAUGGCCUGCCAGUCCAUAUUAAGCGGCGAUGCCAAAACAGCCCUCGUCACGGGUGGCAACCUCAUACUGGUGCCCAACAGCUACCAGAUGCUGUCUGCCCAAGGCUUCCUCUCCCCAAGUAGCAAAUGCUUCAGCUUCGACCACCGGGCGAAUGGCUAUGCCAGAGGCGAGGGCAUCAUUGCCAUGGUCAUCAAGCCACUAGCAGAUGCCAUACGGGACGGCAAUGUGAUACGCGCAGUCAUAAGAGCUUCCGCUUCUAAUCAGGACGGACGCACCCCUGGUUUGACGCAACCAAGUUCUGAUUCCCAGGCCGACUUGAUUCGUCGAGUUUACGAAAAGGCCAAUCUGCCCCUGGAUAGGACCCGUUUCUUUGAGGCCCAUGGCACUGGAACUCCAGUAGGAGAUCCCAUCGAGAUGGCGGCCAUUGGUCGGGUGUUUGCCCCUUCGCGCUCACCAGAGGCGCCCCUGUUCGUUGGCUCUGUCAAGAGCAAUGUCGGCCACCUCGAGGCAUCUGCAGGACUGGCUGGGCUGGUCAAGACCAUCUUGGCACUUGAGAGUGGCAUCAUUCCACCGCAGGCAAACUUUGAGAAGGUCAACCCAAGACUGGAGACUGAAAAACAUAAAAUUGAGAUUCCAACAGCUGCUAUACCGUGGCCGUGCGAAGGCUUGCGUCGAGCCUCGGUCAACUCCUUCGGAUUUGGAGGAACAAAUUCCCAUGUCAUUGUUGACGACGCCUUGCAUUAUCUCGAGGAAGCGGGAUUGAAAGGUCACCAUAAUACUGUUAGAUCACCAAACUUUGAUGGGCAACCGAGCGGCGCUCCUGAAGAAGAGCUCAAGAGGAGCAAGUCCAGGCUGAAUGGGACAGUGCCCGAGCAGAAUGGGUUGGAGCAAAGGCCAAACGUCAAUAACAAUGGCAGCCCCCACGAGCAUAGCUUGUCAUGUGACAGCGGCAAAGUAAAUGAGACGAAUGGGACGAAUGGAACGGCAACAAACGGGACAGGAAAACACCAAGAUGACGCAGCCACGAACAGAAACGUAAAUCAGCACGAAAAUCUCCGCAUCCUCGUUUGGUCCGCUGCAGAUCAACAGGCUCUCGGUCGCAUGGGCAAGCAGUUGGAGAACUUUCACAAAGAAAAGAUCGCCGGCAACAGCCAAAAGCUGGAUAGGCUUGCCUACACGCUCGCGACUCGCCGUAGCCUCAUGCUUUGGCGACAGUUCGCCACGGCAACGUCGACAUCGGCCGGCGCCGCGCGUCAGUCCAUCCUCGCGUCAUCUUGCCAAGCAACAAGGAGCACGGGAACCUGGGAACUCGGCAUCGCUUUCAUUUUCACCGGCCAAGGCGCGCAGUAUGCCGGUAUGGGUCGCGGUCUCCUGCAAUAUCCAGUGUUCGAGCAAACCCUGCAGCGGAUUGACCAUGUAUACCACAGGCUGGGUUGCAAAUGGUCAUUGUUUGACGAACUUAGCAAUGACAUGACCAUAAACAUGCCCGCAUACAGCCAGCCCUUGACGACGGCCCUGCAAAUCGCGCUGGUCGAUCUGCUGAGGGCUUUCGGAAUCGUACCCAAGGCCGUCGUGGGCCAUUCUUCGGGCGAGAUCGCAGCUGCCUAUGCGGCGGGGGCACUCUCGCUCGAGUCGGCGUGCAAAGUUUCCUUUUUGCGGGGCCAGCUCGCGGACUGUCUCAAACAGCAGCUGCAGGUUUCUCAGACCCCCGGUGCCAUGAUGUCUGUCAACCUACCCGAAGCAGACAUACCGAGUUAUCUGGCCGACAGGAACCUUGACCGGGACAGCAGCAUCAGUAUAGCUUGCAUAAACAGCCCUGGGAACGUGACAUUAGCAGGUGACGAAGCAACUAUAGACGCAGUCAAGAGCUGCCUGGAUAAAGAUGGCAUCUUUGCACAAAAGCUAAAUACGGGUGUUGCUUACCAUUCCGCACACAUGAAUCAAAUAUCGGGCGAUUACUUGAUCCAGAUGGGUGUGCUUCGAGGCUCUGCAAAUCAAGAGGGAGCGAAGAGGAUUCCUAUGGUGUCGUCUGUCACGGGCAAAACCAUCGAUCCGAGCGAGCUAGCAAAGCCUCAGUAUUGGAUCGACAACAUGGUCUCCCCCGUACAGUUCUCUGACGCCGUUCGGACCCUGACCUCGGCCCUGAAGGACCAAGUUGGUAUUAUUACCGAUCUUAUCGAGGUUGGGCCACACCCUGCCUUGCGUCGCCCAGUACUGGACACCUUGAAGACCGCUAUCAAGAAAUCACAGAGGAAAAUCCGCUACGCCUGUGUCUUGCACAGAAACCGUUCCGCCGUCGAGGCAGCCCUAGACCUUGUGGGUCAUCUUUUCUGUACCGGAUACAGCGUGGAUAUUCCAGCCGCCAACGCCCACUCCGGUGUUGAUAUAGUACCUCUGGUUGAUCUACCCGGGUAUCCCUUUGAUCGCAGCAAGAAGUAUUGGACAGAGUCCCGCCUCAGCCGCAAUUUUCGCCUUCGUCAGCCAACAACAUCGGGUGACUUUCUCGGUGCACGAUUUUACGACUGGAACCCUCUCGAGCCGCGCUGGCGCAGCUUCUGGAGUGUCGAAUCAGCACCAUGGGUAGGUGAUCACGUAGUCAGCGGGACUGUGAUACUUCCGGGUGCGGCCAUGUUGAUUAUGGCUAUUGAGGCGGUCCAAGAGAUGGCUAUACCAAAUGGACAAGUGCUUGGUUAUGAGGUGCACGAGGCCGAGUUCAUUGCUCCUCUCAUUAUUCGACAGAGGUGGGAAGAGCGGACUGAGGUGAUGGUCCGCCUUCGGCCUAUCAAAUCUGCUACCAACGAGAUCAACGCGGCGGCCCAGUCAGAGGUGGUCAUUUUUGCUUAUCUGGAUGAUCAAUGGACCGAUUGCUUCCGCGCAAGGCUCUCGGUUCGGUAUGAUGGAGCGUCGCCGGCUCAGACAGACGAGUGGAAAUUCGCUCAUGCUCGUCUUGCGGGUGAGUUCAAGCGCGCGGACAAGUCUUGCAGACGACCAAUCAGCCCGCAGGUCUUUUAUGAUGACGCCGCAGAGUUUGGCAUCGAGUGGAAAGACUGGUUCAGUCAUCUCGAUGAAAUUCGGUGGGAUGGAUCUGGGGACACCAUAGGCCGCAUCGAUCUCGAACGUGGCCAUCUUGGAGGUCGAUACAAGACAGCCAGCAUUGUUCACCCGGCGGUUCUUGAUGCCGCGUUUCAGGUGUUGCGUAUCAGCACCACCAAGGGACUUUCACUGUCUUCCGCAAGUACAAACGUUCCGUUCAAGCUGACCAACGCCUAUUUCGCUGCUUCGCACAAAUGGCAGGCCCCUGCAACAACUUCCGUAAGGUUUUAUGCUGCCUGCUCGCCAGAAGAAUGCGGGCGGCCUCGGGUCAAAGGCCGCGUGUAUGCAGUUUCGGACGAUGACACUAUACUGUGCAGCAUGGAAAACAUGAUUAUGGCAGCUGUGAGCACUGGUUCCCCUAGUCACGAUGUCGACCGGAAACUGCUUCACCGGAUCGAGUGGAAACCACAAAUGAGCCUACUCAGCGCAGAGCAGCUGGCGAUCGAGUGCGAAGCCGACAGUUUUCCAGACAAGGACGAAGAAACGUUGGUUGCACAGUUCGACAAGCUCCGGCUUGUCAUGACUGAAGCUAUGGUUAUCACUGUCCACGAUUUAGACUCCAGCAACCAGAGUGUACCAGAAUCCAUGCAGAGGCACUUGACGUGGAUGAGGCAGCAUCUUAGAGAGACCGAAGUCAAGCCCAGGGGAUUGAGCAAAGAAGAGCUCGAUGUGGAACUGCGAGAACUUGAGCUUAUGCGACCUGCCUGGCAACUCCACGCCGCCCUUAUGCGCCAGCUCCAGUCAAUCGUGACUGGCGCUGUAGAUCCUUUGCAAAUCAUGUUUGGAUCCGAUACAGCCGGGUCAUUCUACGCCGAUAUGUUCGCUCAGGUUUGCGAUCAUCGUCUGCUGAAGUUCCUCCAUCUUGCCGCCCAUGAGAACCCAAACAUGCGGAUCAUCGAAGUUGGCUCUGGAACGGGUGGUUUCACUGGAACAAUACUGCCAAUCCUGGCAGCGCUCGAGGCCGAAACUGGCACGCAGAGAUUCCAAUCAUACACCUACACCGACGUUUCUCCUGCCUUCUUUGAGGCUGCAGAAGCACGCUGGGGAGCCGCUGGAGGACGUCUUCGGGAGAGGAUGGAGUUCAAGACGUUCAACAUGAAGAACAGUCCCGAAAAGGAGGGCUAUGAGGAAGGCUCAUACGAUAUGGUAAUUGCUGGAUCUGUCCUCCAUGCGACAGAGGAUCUUCUCGAGACCAUGCGCAACGUUCGGAAAUUGCUCAAGCCAGGAGGCCUUCUUUUGGCCCUCGAGACGAUAGCCCCGCACGAUGUUAUAACCAACUGUUCGACGGGAUUGGUCCCUGGUUGGUGGGGAGAGAGGGAAGAAUGGCGUGGUCUGUCAGCUGCAAUACCCGAGUCAAAGUGGGACUGGGUUUUUACAGAGACGGGAUUUUCCGGGACACAGCUAAGUCUUCGAGACUAUCGUAGUGAUGAACUUCACUUGUUCAGCGUCAUAGUCUCUCGCGCGACCAUGGAGAAUAGCCUGCGUGGCCAGAGACCUGCGUCCAAGCUGCUGCUUUUGGUGGGAGACAUUAACGAGCAGCCCCAAAUUCAAGCGGCUGAUCUGGUCCAGGAUCAGUUCUCGCAAGGGCAUGAUUUCCGAAUUUUGGACCUUAAAACAGCGGCUGGGAUAAGAAUUGGCGAGGAUGAUGUCCUCAUAUCAAUGAUAGAUAUGUGGCGUCCGGUCUUGGCGAGUCCGUCACCUGCCGAGUUUCACGCCGUUCAAGACUUGAUCAGUCGCACGAAAAACGUCCUCUGGGUCACUCUAGUCAGCCCGUCGGAUGAUGAAAGCGCAAAGGGCAGCGCUAAUCUGGGUUGGAUGCGGACCGUCCGCACGGAGGAGCCAGGGAAAAAUCUUGUCAGCUUGCUUAUUGAGUCCAGCCUGUCUGGUCAAGACAUCAGCACGCAUGCAAGGUGCGUAGCUAAGGUUUUUGAUGCAGCCUUCGGCCCAUCCGCAAGUCCGGAGCGUGAAUACCUUUACCGCGACAGCCGUAUCAUCACCGGACGUGUCGUCGAGGAUACAAAGCACAACAGGCAGCUCGUGUCGUUGUUGCGGCCACAGCUCCACAAAGCACCAUGGCUCUCCAAGGGUCCGGUCAAGCUCUGUGUGGGUGCAGAUAAAACUUUGGAGUCUUUGGCUUUCGUCGAGGACCAAGACCAUGAUAGGCCGGUCGAAGCCGACGAAGUCGAGAUCGAAGCUCGAUCAUGGGCCAUCAACUUCCGUGACGUUCUCGUGGCGCUAGGCAAAAUUGACAGUGACAAUAACCUGGGUAUUGAUUGCGCAGGUGUCGUCACAAGGGUCGGACCGCAUUGUCAGAAUAUCCAGCCUGGAGACAGGGUGGCCAUGGUAUCGCCAAACUGCAUGAGGGCCUUCCCUCGCUCCUCACAGCGAGCUGUGUGCAAGAUACCAGAUACCAUGUCAUUUGAGACUGUCGCUUCAGUCCUCAUCCCAGGAAUGACGGCGUACUUUGGCUUGAUGGACCGAGCUCGCCUGAGCAGAGGCGAAAGGAUUCUCAUUCAUUCUGCGGCUGGCAGCUCGGGACAGAUGGCUGUGUGGAUUGCGCAGAUGCUUGGCGCUGAAGUGUUUGCAACUUGCUCCGACGACAGCAAGCGCAACUUCCUCGUCAAAAAUAUGGGGAUCCCGGAAGACCACAUUUUCUUCAGUCGUGAUACCUCCUUUGCCGAAGGAGUCAAGCGGAUGACAGACGGACGAGGCGUCGACGUUGUGUUCAGCUCCCUCUCUGGGGACGCGCUUCGUGCUUCUUGGGCUCUUCUGGCCCCCUUUGGUCGUUUCAUUGACAUUGGCGAAGCCGACCAACACGCCAACGCAGCCCUUCCGAUGGGUGGUUUUCUGAACAACCGUAGUUACUUUGCGUUGGAUCUGCAAGACGUUGUUUUGAACAACCUUGAGCUAACAUCGCGCCUACUUCGCGAUAUUGUUCAACUCCUGGUCGACGGCAAGAUACGUCAACCUGGACCCGUCCUCAAUACUUUCCCAGCCUCGGACAUAGAGCUCGGCUUCAGGCAGCUUCAAAGUGGCAAGAACAUUGGUCGCUGCUUGAUCACGCUCGAUCGAAAUGAUGUCGUGCCACAGAUGAUCACUGAGAGCCGAGACUGGAGAUUCGACUCGAAUGCCACUUAUUUGAUUGCCGGAGGAACUGGUGGGCUCGGCCGAUCACUUGCCAGGUUUUUCGCUAGCCGUGGAGCUCGACACAUUAUCCUCCCGUCUCGAUCAGGUUCAGGUGAGGCAGGAUCGAAAGUAUCCGAGCUGUUGGAGGAGCUACGCAGCCGCGGUAUCAACAUUGAAGCCCCCAGAUGUGACGUGGCAGAUGAAGCAUCUCUAGCCGCCACACUCAAUGACUGCCACGAUAGGCUCGGGAUGCCCCCCGUCAAAGGCUGCAUCAACGCUGCAAUGGUGCUGCAAGAUUCCGUGUUUGCCAACAUGAGCCAUGCCCAGUGGGAGCUCACCAUGCGGUCCAAAGUAGAGACAUCCUGGAACUUGCAUCGCCGGUUCAACACUCCGGAUCUGGACUUUUUUAUCCUCCUCUCUAGUCUUAUAGGUACAAUCGGCGGCCCAGGCCAGGCCAACUACGCAGCAGGGUGUGCUGCCCAAGACUGGCUUGCCGAACAUCGCCAAAGACUGGGAUUGCGGGGCAACAUAUCGAUCGAUGUGGGCUGGAUGAAAAACGUCGGCAUCGUGUCCGAGGAAGUAAGCUAUCAACGACACCUCAAGUUGGUUGAAGAUAUGCACAAGCUCGAAGAGGAGGAGCUGCUUGCGCUUUUGACUCUGUGCUGUGACCCAUCAGCAUCAUCAUCUCAACGUUCUGGCGAUGGCGCACGUGUUCUUUUUGGGCUGCGCACGCCAAAUGAGUUCUUGGACCAAGGCAAAGAGCCGCCAGAGAUGCUCAGCCGGCCUCUAUUUUCGACCUUUUUGCACAGCAACGAGACGAACGCUGAGCAGGCGGUCGGUCAAUCUCCAGCAAGCGAUCUUGGCGCCGUUUUCAGAGCCACUCCCGACGCGACAGAUCGGGCCAGGGUAGUUGUUGAGGGGCUCAAGCAGAAACUCGGCCGUUCCAUGGCAAUUUCCCCCGACGACGUGCAGGUCGAGAAGCCUCUGUCUGCAUAUGGUGUCGACUCUUUGUUCGCGGUCGAACUCCGAAACUGGAUCCUGAAGGACUUUGCAGCUACUGUGGCAGUUUUUGACAUAAUGGGAAAUGUACCAAUUUCCAACAUUGGAAAACUUGUGGUGAGCAAAAGUACCGUUGGAUUCGGGCAAGACUGA